UCUCAGUCCAGCACAUGGGCACCAGGAGCACAAAGUUCUCCUAGUAGUGAGGUUUGUCCUGGGCCUCGUCCAGACUACCAUGCCUGACCUCCUGGCCAACCUGAGUGUUCCAUGGGGCACACAGGCGAUUGUGAGCCCCAACCUGACAGCAGCUGCCCUGGUUGUGCCGGGGUCAGACAAGACUCUGGCCCCCUUCUGCACCUUCUGCUGCUGUGGCCUGCUGAACCGUACCCUGGCUGUGGUGUUUAUGGUCAGUCUGGCCUUCGCCAUAGUGGUGGGCAACGUGGUCACGGUCACCGUCUUCAUGCAGACAAGACAGGUCCGUACACCACAGGGAUACCUCAAAGUCUCUCUGGCCAUAGCAGACAUGAUGGUUGGAGUGGUGGUUGUUCCUUUCUCUGUCUACACGGAGAUAUCUCUGAUGGUGACCAGUUCCCCUCCUGUCUGGUACCAGGGGGGCACUGACCCCUCCAUGGGGGGCCUGGUGGGCCCCUGGCAGCCCUGCAUGCUGAUUGGUCCAGUCUUCGCCGGCUGUACAUUUGUCUCCAUCAGUACUAUUUUCCUGAUGACGGUAGAGCGCUGUGUGGCCAUCUUAUGGCCCCUUCAUAAGGACCACCUGGUGACACGGAGACGUACCCUGUUUCUCAUCCUCUUCUCCUGGGCAGGCAGUUUCCUCCUGGCCCUGGCCCCCCUCAUCCUCAGCAACAACUUCACACUGGAGUACAGUGAGUGCAGCCGGAUGUGUAACUACGUCCCCCUGUGGGAUGGAGUCACGCUGCCCUCUGACGCCAACAUCCUCCUGCUGUUCCCUGUGUUUGACUUCACGCUGCUGGGCGGCACCCUGGUAUUCAACAUCCUGUCCUUCACCAGCAUUCGCCACUACACACGCAAACGUAAGCUCAUGUCAGAGGGGAAUGUAGGGGUCGAGGGAGGGGGAGGCGGCUGCCAACAUAGACCCUCCUUCUCUGACAUCAAGGCUGCCAAGACAAUCAGCAUUCUGACGUUUGCCUUCACGGCUUCCUUCACCCCCAUCGCUGUGUUUGUGCUGGGCAACGUGGUGGGCUUCACCUGGUGCAACUUCUCCUUUGUAGCCUUCUGGAUCCUGACUGGGAACAGCUGCUGUAAUGUGAUAAUAUACAGCGUGAGAGACCAGCGCUUCAAGAAAGGAGUGACUCUGCUUUUUCAGAGGGAGCACUCACCUUCCCAUGGGGAGAAAGGCGGAGCUACACCACCCCCACCUACCUUGUGA